AUGAACUUUGGACCUUGGCCAGGUUACAGGAAGAAAGAUCAAAAGCCAGGACUCUGCGUACCACCUGCCUUACUGACCCUGCCAACACUGGCUCCAUUCUUCUUCCUUUUACUAACAGCUGGCAGCACUGGGGCUGCACCGAUGACCGUUCCAGACAGUAACUCUGCCCUUUUCUUUCCAGAGGUACGGCUGGUCAAUGGACGCACCCGGUGCCAGGGACGGGUGGAGAUCUUCUACAACAACACCUGGGGCACAGUGUGUGACGACGACUGGGACAUUGUGGAUGCCAACGUGGUGUGCCGCCAACUCGGUUGUAGCCAUGCCAUCGGCAUGCCACCAACCCUUUCUUUUGGCAGAGGGCAAGGACCCAUUUUUCUAGACAAUGUGGACUGCAAAGGAAGAGAGGCAGCCCUCAGUGAAUGCAGCAGCCGUGGAUGGGGCAUCCACAACUGCUACCACUAUGAAGAUGUGGCCGUCAUGUGUAAUGAACUGCUACCCACGCAAUCAGCAAAAGACCCUGCCAGCAAAACAACCACAUCCCCAUUAAAAGAUAAGAAAAGUAAUGGGAGAAUCCGGCUGGUGAACGGGGCUAACGCCUGCCAAGGCCGAGUGGAGAUAUUCUACAAAGGAAACUGGGGCACUGUGUGUGAUGAUGAGUGGGAGCUGCAUGAUGCCAAUGUGGUGUGCAAGCAGAUGGACUGCGGCCAUGCAGUAGCCUACAGGACCAACGCCUACUUCGGCUACGGCACUGGGCGGAUCCUCCUGGAUAAUGUGAAUUGCGAUGGAAACGAGCCUCAACUCUCAGCCUGUUUCAGCCUCGGUUGGGGCAUCCAUAACUGUGGUCACCAUGAAGACGCUGGGGUCAUCUGCUCUGGGCUAGGGACAACCACCACCAUUAUGCCAAUCACCACAUUAGUGGUAGAGGACUAUAAAGAAUCAUUCACAGAUACAGUCACAGUCACUGAGGAUACAAUUCAACCCACCUCUGAAACUGAGAUGGCAAUGACGUCAGCCCUUCUUAUGUUGGAAAAAAAAAGUGGCGGCAUACGCCUGGCGAAUGGGAACAGCAGCUGCCAAGGUCGAGUGGAAGUCCUUUAUGGGGACUUCUGGGGAACAGUUUGUGAUGAUGACUGGGAUUACCCCAACGCACAGGUAGUAUGCCGCCAACUGGGCUGCGGCGCAGCCAUUGGGGCUACCGUGCUGGGCUACUUCGGCUAUGGCAGUGGGCCCAUCCUCCUGGACAACGUGGAUUGCAUCGGCACAGAGACCGAGCUGACCGACUGCUUUAACCUGGGAUGGGGACAGCAUAAUUGUGGGCAUCAUGAAGAUGCUGGCGUCCUCUGCAGAGGUGCAGAGGAAUCAGGGGUUUCCUUGCAAGAAGAUACUUUUGCUACCACGACUUCAACCACCACUCGUCCCAAAGAGGGUAUGUAA